ACCUUAGCUCUGCUCUUUUUUUUUUAAUUCCAUAAAACCACCUGCAAAAGGAAAAGAAAAUAGGGGCUAGACCUCUUCGAUAGAGUUUCUUCGGUAGAGAAUGUGAAAACUCCCACUUCAACCUUACAUCUGCAUUUUUUAAUUCCAUGAAACCACCUGCAAAACGAAAAUAGGAGCCCAGACCUCUUCAAUAUAGCUUCGGUAGAGAGCCACAAGCAUAGUGGCACUAACGGAGUAUGUGCCCAUAUGGUUAUUACAUGGCACCUCUCGAUUUUUGGAAGCUUUUCCUUGCAGUGGAGAGCUUGUUGCUGCUUUCAAGGAAAUGUAAUUUCACCAUUUCAAUCAGGAUUGGAAAUUGAAAUUCUUCCGUGUAUGUAUAUUACCAUUCAAUAUCUUGUCUUUCAAAGAGAAAUAAAUUGCAAACAGAACCACUUUCGUUGCGGAAGUUGUGGCAGUGUUUCAUUGUCACUAUGGAAUAAGUAGAUUGAAUAAUAAUGUACUUUUCACACGCUUCACUUAUAAUCAUACAAUGCGAGUGCCAUCCACUGCCAAUCUGAAUGUCACAACGUUAGGUAAACAGUUCCACUCUGUCAUCACUCACAGGGGAUUUGCAUUCGUUACACACACAUAUAUGCAAAAUAACCUUAUCAACAUGUAUGUCAAGUGCGGUGGUUUGAUGGAUGCUCGUAAAGUGUUUGAUGACAUGACCAAACCAGAUAACUUCUCAUGGAAUGCCAUGAUUGCAGCUUACCGAAAACAUGGAUAUCCUCAUGAAGCACUGAAAUUGUUUCACCAAAUGCAACUAAUAGGUUUCCGACCCGAUCAGUUCGCCUUUGCCAGCGUACUGCCUGCCUGUGCCAAAAUUAAAGAUUUGGAACAGGGUAUGGAUAUCCAUGAAAGCGUAACGGAAAGGGGUUUUUUGUCAGAUCUUGUAGUUGCAAAUGCCCUGGUGGAUAUGUAUGGGAAAUGUGGUAGCAUACGUAAGGCACGUGAACUGUUUAACAAAAUGCCUCAAAAAAAUGUGGUCUCGUGGAAUGCGAUGAUUGCAGGAUAUGCACAAAAUGGCGCUCUUGAUGAAGCUUUACAUCUAUUCAAAGCAAUGCCUCAAAGAAAUGUAGUUUCAUGGAAUGCUGUGGUUGCAGCAUGUGCACAAAAUGGGCAGGUUGGAAAGGCCUUGGGGACAUUUAAGCAAAUGCAAUUGGCAGGUCUAAAGUCGAACUCCACAACAUUUAUUAGCAUCCUCCCAGCCUGUGCCAGAAUGGGAGCUUUAGAACUGGGUAUGAACAUACAUCAAAUUAUAAUUGAAUGCGGGUUUUUGUCAGAUGUAUUAGUUGUAAAUGCCCUGAUAGACAUGUACGCAAAAUGUGGAAGUAUGAAAAAGGCAUAUGAACUAUUUGUCAAAAUGCCUCAAAGAGACGUGGUCUCAUGGACUGCAAUGAUUGGAGGAUAUGCACAAAAUGGUGUCCUUGGCGAGGCCUUGAGGCUUUUCAAAGAAAUGCCACAACCAGACGUGAUCGCAUGGAAUACUAUGAUUGCAGGAUAUGCACAAAAUGGGUUUGUUGAAAAGGCCUUGGAGGCAUUCAAGCAAAUGCAAUUAACAGGUGUAAAGCCAGACUCCACAACCUUUAUCAGUGUCCUCCCAGCUUGUGCAAAAAUGGGAGCUUUAGAUUUGGGUAUUGACAUCCACCAAAGCAUUAUUGAGUGUGGAUUUUUGUCAGAUGUUGUUGUAGUGAAUGCACUCAUAGACAUGUACGCAAAAUGUGGAAGCAUACGCAAAGCACGUGAACUGUUUGACAAAAUGCUACAAAGAGAUGUGGUUUCAUGGACUGCAAUGAUUGCAGGAUGUGCACAAAAUGGAUUUUGUAAGGAUGCUCUCAAACUUUUUGAACAAAUGAAGCACUCUGAAACAUGCCCUGACCAUGUAAGCUUUGCUUGUGUUUUAUUAGCAUGCAGCCAUUCAGGUUUAGUGGAGGAGGGUUGUAAAUAUUUCAAUAGUAUGAAUGCCUUAUAUUGCAUUAUGCCUACAACUGAUCAUUCUGUGUGCAUGGUUGAUCUUCUUGGCCGUGCUGGCUAUCUCGAGGAAGCUCUAAACUUUGUCAUCAAAAUGCCAAUAAAACCCGUGUUAGUUGUAUGGAUGUGUUUGCUUGCUGCCUGUAGAUCACAUAAGAAUAUAAUAUUAGCAGUAUUCACAUCAACUCUUCUUUUUGAACUGGAUCCUAAGAAUGCAGCAACUUAUGUUCUGCUGUCAAACAUUUAUGCAGAAGUGGGUAUGUGGGAUGAGGUUCAAAUGGCAAGGAGAUUGAUGAAAGAUAGAGGAAUCAAGAAGAUGCCUGGAUGUAGUUGGAUUGAAGGUCAUGAAUCGCUAUAUGCUUUUCGUGUAGGAGAUAUGCCACAACCAGAAACACAGGAGAUCUAUGCAAAGAUGGGGUAAUUGUCUUUGGAGAAGAAGGCAGCAGGCUACUUUGCAGAUUCAAAACAUAUAUUGUAUGAUGUGGAGGAGGAGGGACAAAGAGCUAUACAUCUGUCAUCAUAAUGAGAAACUAGCGAUGGCAUUUGGAUCGUUAAAAAUGCCUUCUGGAACAACUAUUAAAAUUGUUCAGAACCUGGGUAUGUUUUGAUUACCACACUGCAACCUAGUUUAUCUCCAAUCAUAUUGAAAGACAAAUUUUUGUGAUAGAUGCAAACCUGUUCCGUCAUUUCAAACAAGGAGAAUGUUCUUGCGGAGAUAUUGCUAAUGCUAAGACAUUCCUAGGUUUUCAGGAAACCUGUAAAUGAAAGUUGGAGGAGGUGGAGAAUGGAAAAAACCAAAAGGCGAGGAAUGCUUGGAGGAAAUGGGAAGACCUUGGGUAACCAGAAAUAUGAGAGAUGUACUUUCAAUCCAGUGCUUGGAGAUGAUGGUGAGAGCAUCUUUCAAUAGGUUCUCAUGGAUACUUGGAGACUUAGGUGAUGUUGGUGUUGUCUUGUGAUUUGAGAUAUACGUUGAGAUAGUUGGUAGUUUUAGUAGGAAGACCAAGGAGCUUUCACCUGGUAUGGACUUGAGAGGAGAUUGUUCUUGGAGUGAGUUAUGAUGACUUGGUUAUCCUAGAGGAGCAUUCUCAUUCUACACUCUUGGUCUACUCGAUGGUUUAUCACUUGAGAGGUAUUGUCCAUUGUUCCUUUUAGGUGCAUUAUGCUUUAUUUUCUUAGAUAUGGAUCUUGAGCUAUGGAUAUAUGGUUAGUUUUGGAGGAUUCAUUUUGAGGGAUGGAUACCAUGGUUAUCUGUUUGUGGAUAUGAGGUGAUAUUCUGAUGUCAUUAUGAGGAUUUUAGGAGAUGUUUUAUUGGGUUGGUUUCCUUUUUUGGGAUUGGAUAUAUAUUGAGUUUGAUUUCCUUGGUUUGAGAGGCUUACAUCCAUGAUUGACAUUAUACAUGAUACAUAUGUUUUUUUGAUCUAAGAGAUUGAAUUGAAUUUGGUUUUGUUAUGGGUUUUCAUUUGGGCUGUUUUGGUGGAGAUCAUACUUGACAUAACAUUGCUUCUUUGAGGUGCUAGUAGAAGGACAUGUUAUGGUUUAUAUAUUUUCUCUCUUCAUUCUAUGGUUUAUUCCAUGAGAUUCAUGAUUACAUGGUUUUGGAGGAUGGUGAUAUACUGGGAAAGAGUAUGCAGCUAUAUGUGUUGCAUGUGUGGAUCAUUGUAUUUGUUCUUGGCACUAAUUUUUUUUAUUACUUAUCACACCUUGAUGUGAAUGUUGAUUGGUAGACUUGAUAUGCCUUGAGCUUGUUUUUAGAUUUGAAAUUACCCAUGCAGUGGGAGUUGUUGUAUAUGUAUGUUCUUCAUUGACAAGUGUGA